AUGAUGGCCCGGCGCCCGAGCGCACCACACGCUGGCUCAGCGCAGCGCACGGGCAGAGGGCUGUGUCCUCAGGGAGUGGAGGUACCACGGAAGGGCCUGGACGUCACAGGCAAAGCAACCGUGAGAGGCCUCUGGAAGGAGCAGGCUGGCUCAGAUGCUCAAGGACCCGAGGACCAGCCUGGCCGGGAGCCCCAGAUCUGUGGUUUGGCCCAGGGCUCCCAGCAGGCAGCAGAGAAAGUGGCCAACCUGGAAAUACCCGGAGAUCCGAACGCAAAAGCCUGCUCUCCAUCCUGA